AUGAGGACAGUUCCUAAUUCGGUUACAGGAUUUCAUUGUCGGGCAGUGCUGAGCGAUGAUGAAGUGUCGUCAGUGGCGACUUGUUUCCAGCUUUGCAACAUGAAGCCGCUAUUAAUUCCAGCAUCUAAAAAUGAGUACGUUCAGUGCAUGAUGGUCUCUUCUCUCAGUAAAGCUCGUCACUUUGUUUGCUUGUUGGACAGCGUUACGCGUGAAAUACAGUCGCGUUGCGAUGCUUUAGAAAGCAAUGGUAGUUUUAAACUUGCUAUAAAUCCUGAAAAAGGGACAAUUGUCAUGGCAAGAACCUCGAAGAGUCCCAGGCUCUCUCGAUGUGCGGUAGUCAGCAAAAGCAAACCUGAUUGUGUACACGUGUUUUUUGUUGAUUACGGACUGAGCGAAUUUGUUCGUUACGACCAGAUCUAUUGUCUUGAAGAUCGAGAGUUGCUCGAUUUCCCACCUCAAAGUUUUUGCGUGUGUUUGGAUGAUGUUUCAGACAGGAAAUUAGGAGAGGAUGAUUAUAAGAAACUGAAAAGCAUUGAUGCUGUAGCUAUUCAGAUCCUUAUAAUUCGUCUGAAGUCCUGUAUUGCUGUAUUUAUAUCCUUGCCGUCAAUAGGAUUUCAGGAACCCAACGUGCAAAUAAAAGUUUUGUUCGCAGUUGAUGUUACCGAAGAUGGUGAAGCGUUCCUCGUGAACAUGGAGACAAAGCUAAAUGAUGGAAAAUUUCAUUCAAUUCGUAGUCUUCUGGAGAGGCACAAUGUGACGAAUAAUUGUAAAGGUCAGGCUGGCUCACAGCACUGGCGGCUCAGCAGUAUGCAGCGAGAUCUUGCUUCAACUGCGGAUACUAUUAACAAUGUGAAAGACGGUUGUUAUAAACGAGGCUACUUCAGGGAGCAGAAUUCAGAGUGGCAAACGGGUCAUCGCAUGGGUUUCGCUAGUGGACAAUCUGGACGGGCAAAUUUGGCUGCGCAGCACUGCUCGGCCCAAAACGGUCUCAUGCAUGAACAGGAUUUUAAUGACAGAUCAGGUGGGUUGAACUCUAAUGGCUUUAAUAAGUUUGGUCCUCAGUUUCCUGUUGGUGACUUUCGUCCUCGAAUGCCGUUUAGCUGCAGAGCCGCAGCUCCAACUCUUUUUGAUAGCAGUCUCAACGAUGCGCAUCAAAAUGUAGAGGAAGAGAGUAAAAAAGUUUCUUUGAACGAAGGAACGGUGGAGAAAAGUGUGGACCUUGAAUCAAAAUCCGGUGAGGACUUGGAGGACGGCGUGACCAAAGUUGUUUCGUUUUUUGCUUUGCCUUUAUUCGCUCGUUCUCAAGCCGAUAACAGGAGUUUGGUUGGUGGAUCAGAAGCAGAUGGUUCUUCAGCCGGUGACAAAAGUGUGGGAUUGCACAAGUCAGAAUUAGAUGAGACAAUAGAUAUGGAACAGCUUGGAGUGGAGCAAGCAGUACCAUUAGACAAGUUAGUAGAGAAGCAACAAGUUGAAGUAGGGACAGACGAGACCGUUAAAGGUGUGCCCGUUCCACGGUUCUUUGUGUGUUUGGGGGAGAAGGUGUUGAGCGUUUUGUGGGUGAGUGGUGGUUAUUCAUUCGCUAAGUUAACUGUGCACGUCAUGUUGCUAUUACAAAGUUGUAGGUUUUCUUGGUUUCCUGGAAUGGGGCUUGCUUGUCCAGAUGUAGUUCCUUGUGUGAAUUUAGUCUGGGUAAGGUUGAUCUAUGCUUUGUAUGAUUCCUGCUGUUUUCAAGGUGCUUUUAUGAGGACAGUAAAGGAGGCUAGAAGUUAG